AUGGCUUCCUUCGACCUCACUUCAUAUAAGGCUCUCUCUUUCGACAUUUAUGCAACGCUCAUCGACUGGGAGUCGGGUAUCUUCUCGCAAUUCCUUCCACUGCUCGGUAAACUUCCCAAGCAUCAUACAUUAUGGGACAAAAGCCUAGUCGACGUUCGAGGCUAUCUACUCAAGCAAUAUUCAGCUCACGAACACGCCCUUGAAGUUCAGUAUCCCGACGAGAAAUAUUCAGUGUUGCUGAGCAAGGUCUAUGAGAAUGUCGCGGGAGAUUUGGGCAUCGUCGUAACCCAUGAUGAAGCCAAGGCGUUUGGAGGGGCCAUCGGGAGAUGGCCGGCCUUCGCGGACACGGUGGCAGCCAUGCAAACACUGGGCAAAUACUACAAACUCAUCGCGUUGAGUAAUGUCGACAAGGCGUCAUUCAAAAAUACUCUAGAGAACGGCUUGCGCGGUGUUGAAUUUGACGCCAUCUAUGUCGCCGAGGACAUUGGGACCUACAAGCCGAAUCCCAACAACUUCAACUACCUCGUCCAACAUGCGCGCCAAGAUUUCGGUAUCGAGAAACAUGAAAUAUGUCAUACGGCGCAGAGCCUGACGUUUGACCAUAUUCCGAUCGCCUCACUGGGAUUUCCUCCCGCGGUCUGGAUUUCUCGCGGAGGUGGCAGCAUGGGUAUGGGAGACAUAGAGGCAGUGAAGGACAAGGUUAACAUUGGGGCCACAUAUGAAACGUUGGGAGAUAUGGCGGCAGACGUGGAACUGGCAUUCGGCAAGAACAAAGAAUAG